AGACCCAUGUCUCGGUCCAUCCCUCAGAUUUCGAGCCUGUUCGGAGUCCGGGGUACGAACCGGGGGCCUCUCACCCUUCUCCGCCGAGCGCUCUUUGUCCGAGGCGCCGGUCCCGUUUACCCAAAUGUCCAAGACGGACAAGAAGAAGAGGAUCUCCGACGCACUGGAGAUCCUAUGUACUCAAACUGACCGAGACCACAUCAAUGAGGUCAACCAGAGGAAUGAGUCGAGUGAGCUCUUCCGCUCUUGGAUGGACUUUUCCAUCCGAAUGACUAAAGUGGCGGAAGACCGGCUCGCCCUGGUACAAGAGGUCUCGGACCUGAAGCAGGCGGCUCGGUCGCACUUUGAUGAAGUGUACCAGGCCAAGGAGGCCAAACGAUUGGCCGAGCUGCGCAAGGAAGAGGUGGAGGAGAAGAUCCGGAAGGGCGAGGAGGCCUGGCAGAAGGAGCAGACAGAGUGGAAGGAAGAGAGGGCCAAUCUUUCCUGGCUAAGGAGAAUGCUGAGGCGGCCAAGGUCACGGCCGAAACCAAGCAGGCUCAAGCUGAGAAGGAACUGGCGGAGGUCAACUUAA